CCCCCCCCCCCCCCCAUAGAAACCCUUCCUGCCUGCCACCUACACUGAGGCCAACUACUGACACCAGAGUGGCAGCAAGGAGGAACAAACUAUCAACUGGCAGUGGCACAAAGGGAAAACGAGGGUUAAACAUGCUAAGUUAAGAAAUGGAGAUGGGUCAAGUGGUGAGAAUAGAGUCACUAUGUACAGUAUUUGUGCGUGUUCCUCCUAUGGUAGGAUCUGUGCAUCUUACUUCUGCGUUGUUGGUUCAGCGAGGACUCGACUGAUGGCAGAAACAUUACCUCUAAGGAAAACGUGUUACUUUUGCUUCGUCUUCGUUUGACUUCCAUCUCAUGCUUGUGGAUAUUUAGGUUUACAAGGACCGUGGGGGAUUGUGCGUCACUGUGGAAACAAAGUCAGUGGGAACAAACACCUGAAAGGGUGACACUGUGACCUUACCGUGACAGUGCAUCAUCCAUGGAGUCUACUUCUUCUUCUACUGGUGUGUCAUUGAAAGUGUCCGAACAAAGGACAAGGAGAGAUCGGACGUCUUGUAGUGGCCAUUGUUUUUUCUUUCUCAUUUUUCUUUCAGCCAGUCUGCUUUGUCUUCCUGUGUGUAUAUAUGUGUCAGACAUGACGAUGACAUACGUGUGUCUGAAUAUGUCCAAGGAAGUAGUUCUAAACCAUCAAGCUGCUGGUGAAACACUAAUGCUUACUCACAACACUAUGGGAGUAAUUCCAGAUCUUUCUUUUUCAAGUUUGUCUGUUACACCGAGGUUGUACAGACACAGUUAAAAGAAGCUGAAAACAAGUAGUUUUGCAUGUUGCCUGUUUACACUGUGUCCUAAUGACCAGCUUGUGCAGAUGAUUUAUCAAGUUCUUGUCAACCUCUAAACACAUCCUCGAGACGAUAUGUGAGGCGUGCUUUUAAAAACAUCGAGUUCGUAGUAUUUAGGUUCAUCCACUGUAAUAUCGGUAGAUAUAGAGAAACCGUUAUUAGAAACAGCUCAUGAGUUGCUGCGUACGUCCUUUUGUUUUUGUCCAUGAAAGCCCCGACAUGAGUGGAUGUGUAAGAGGAGCACAAAGGCAGUCACCACCAGUGAAUGUGGUUACAAAAUAAUACCACGAACAAUAACAAUAAGAGGCUUAGAAUAUGUGCAAAUACAUAGAAAGUUGUGCAGCUUUGGCCUGUACCUGUGUUAUGGUUUCUGAAGAAUGUCUAUAAAUUGAUUCCAUAUUGCUUGGAUGGAAAUGAAAUGGAUUUUUUUUUUUCUUUUUUCAAAAAAUAAACACAAUUUUAGUUUUAAGUGUUUUGGGGUUUGUAUGGUUGUACAUCUGCGCAUAUUCCCCCCUGACUUAUAAUAUGAGCAAGUUGUCUGAUUUGAUUUGGGGUCUGUAUAUGUAGCACCGGACACAGCUGUGUAUUGUCAAUGCUUUAUGCCAAUGGAUGUUUUCCAAUGAUGUUGAGUAGGAAGUACUUAAUGCAUUCUGGUUAUUUGUUAUGUUUACAUCACAUCUCUUUAGAUCUACAGAUGAUAAAAGUCACUCGCAUGUGAAUCUGUUCCCAAAAACACAAAAUGCACAUUUCGACACCUGAAAAAUAUUUUCUAUUCAACAUAACUUAAACCUUGAUAGACACACGCAUCUCUUGGAGCUCUCCCUUUUUUUUUUUUUUUUUUUUUUUUGGAGAAUGCCAGAUCUGCAAGCAUACAGUAAGCACGGUCAAGAAAAAAAAAAAAGACAUUUUUUGAAUCAAUGAAACAUACCGUAAGUAGAGAAUAAAGAAAAAUCAAAGCUACUUGUAAAGGAAACAAAAAGGCUAAUUCUACCCGUUAACCUGUAAGAGGGCAUCGCCUUUCUCUCAUCGCUGAUAUACCUGAUUAUUAUACGGCCUCAAUGUCUCUGCAGCACUUGAGUUACAAAAGAAAAGAAGCAUUAAAACAAGCUACAGGUGCCAUGUGUGUAGAUGAUAAAAUGACUUGUAUUACGUAGAAAAAUACCUGAAUAGAAGAGUAGGUCAGGUAAUGUGCUACUAGCUGAGGCGUGUGUCUGACCUGUAGCUGUGUACACUUAACAUUUAUAUGUAGGGACUGACUGUAAUUGACUAUGGUGCGUUUUUGCUUUGUUUUCUACCAUUAACAUCAUCCCGAUAGAUUCACACACGGGCAGGCGUGCCAACGUCGUCUCACUAGGGGUGUAGCUUCACUAAUCUCCUGAGUUCAGAGUCUUCAUUAAUGCAUUGUAACAUAAGCUAUUUAUUUGCAGUUGUGUGUUUUUAAUUUAUUUUUCAAGAAUGGGAAAUAAUUCAUGUGCAGACAGAUUUUUUUUUUAAAAUUUUUUAUUUGUCAGGUGCUUAUUAUGAUGAUUGUGAACUGGUUCCAUUUAGAUUUUAACUGUGUCAAAGUUCUGUGUAUAGUGCAACAUAUCAAAAAAAUAAAUAUUAGAUAUCUGAAGUGUGAUGGUGCCAUGCGUUUCUGUAAGUUUUUAAAUGUACAAGUUUUGCCAUUCCUCUUUUUUUUAAAAUUUUUAAACAAUGUUUAAAACACAGUCCAUCUAUUGGUGAAAUAUGUAAAACUUUUACAUAUUUCACCAAUAGAUGGACGGUCUGAUCAGAGGGGGUGACGCCUCCAUUCAGCCUCAGUCAGCUCUCAAGAGCUCUUAUCCAACCAGCUCCUCAGACAUGCUUGUCCCUGCAUGAGGUGCAACAAAUAGCUACUGUAUGAAACACUUUGCCUGGCUCCCACACAGAGUCUCUGCUGGUGAUGUGUGAUUGAUGGACUACCUGCUGAAGUGACUGAAGGCAACAUUUCAGCCAGGAAAGAGAGGAUUGGGAGGAGGGAUGGAUAGAUGGAAGAGUAGUGAGUGUGAGAGGUGGGGGGGUUGGGUAUUUGUGAUUAGCCUUGAGUUGAUCCCUUGGGAGCAGAUGGUGAAUGGUGGCUUACCUACAGAAGACGCCUUGAAUCCCAGGAUCUAGUUUGUGUCCACGCUGAAAGGAGUAGCACUGAAGUUGAGGAAGACGUAGUACAAAGGCUCAUGAGACGGGACUGCUGGGGGACAGGUGAGGGACAUUUCCAUGCCUCAAAUGAUGCUACUAGAACAUAACUGACUUCAUGGUUAUAGGUAGAAUAUGUGAUUGUAAACUGUGGGAGUGAGUCUAUGGUACUCUGUAUAGUCAGGCCUUGUAUGUAGUUUACCGUAACAUCAGCCGUCCCUCAUAGAUUGAGACCAUAACAAGACGCAGGCGGGACGUGACAUCAUGUUGCUGAGAGACCUGAGUGUAGCUGCCGAGCUGCUGCUGCUGCUGGUCUGUGUCCAGCGUCUGCACGGCUCUGCUCUCCCGGCUGUUUCCUCCUACGAGUUCAGAGCCUACAGGAUGCAACAGUUCAACCUGGUACAAAGGAAGCAUGGUUGCCGUGGAGCCAUCGUGGUGGCAGAGGCGCGCUCAGCCGAUGAGCCGGUGCUGACCCGCCGCUGCGUCAUCAUGAAGGUGCUGGACUUCACCACAGAAAAAUACCUUGAGGCCCAAAAGCAAAGUGCUGCGGCCAUCCUGAUCCUGCUGCCCAAAAAUAUCUCCGCUAUCCCCCAUGACACUGUGCAGUCCUUCAUGGUGAGUGAGAGCGAGGCCUUGCUGAAGGAGACCCUCAUGCCUGUGUAUGUGGUGCCUGAGGACGAACAGCUGCUUUACAUGUAUGAGGAGGUCAAGCAAGCUGCUGCCACCAGGACCUCGUCUAUAUUCGUCAGAGUGCUUCGUAGUAUGGUCACAGCGACAGCCUUUCAGAUCUUAGUGAGCAACAAUGUCCCUAUUAAGGGCAUCACUGACAACAUCAUCACCACACUGGAGGGAAUGCUUCCCGGUGCAGGGGAGGAUGUACCCACUGUCGUCAUCACUGCCCACUAUGAUUCCUACGGGCUGGCACCAUGGUUGUCAUACGGAGCAGACUCUAAUGGCAGUGGGGUCACCAUCCUACUAGAGUUGGCACGUCUCUUCCAGAAGCUUUUUAGUAACCCAAGCACCAGACCACCAUAUCAUUUAAUGUUCUCCUUAACUGGAGGAGGAAAGUACAAUUUUCUUGGCACGAAGAGAUGGAUUGAAGAUAAUCUGGACCAUGCCGAGUCCAGCCUGCUCCAUGACAAUGUGGCAUUUGUUCUGUGUUUGGAUACACUGGCCAACAGUGAUGAACUGUACAUGCAUGUGUCCCGCCCUCCUAAACCCGACACUCCCAUGCAGUCUUUCAUUCAACAGCUGGAGGAGGUGGUGUCCUCCAGAUUUCCCUGGGUGAAGGUGGGAUUGGUCCACAAGAAGAUCAAUCUUGUGGAGUCCACAGUAGCGUGGGAGCAUGAGCGCUACAGCCUGCGCAGGAUACCAAGCUUCACUCUGUCUCGUCUGGAAGACCCCAAAUCUGAGCUCCGUGGCUCCAUACUAGACACCAUGUCACAAGUGGACUACAGGAAAAUGAAGCGAAAUGGCAUCAUCAUAGCAGAAGCACUGGCACGUUAUAUGUACAAUCUCUCUAACAAGGUUGCACCAAAAGAUGUGCAGGUUUUCAAGGGCCAAUUGGACUUUCACGACAGUCGUAUGUCCAGUCUGAUGUCCUUCCUGACCUCAGUCCCUCGAGCCACCCAGCUGCUGGACAAAGAGCCCAGUCACAUCCUGCUGGUCAACUCACUGGAGCACGAGUUCAAACGUUACCUGCAGCAAGUUCACAGACACGCCUACCGACAGGAUAGGAGGGACCCUGAUAUUACCUUUUUUGACCAAAUGAACCAACCAAUAGUGAUGUACAGAGUGAAGCCUGCAGCCUUUGAUCUCUUCCUCGGCGGCUGCAUUGCUGCUUAUUUGGGGAUCGUCUACUAUACCAUCCAGAAUUUUGAUUAUCUCUACACAAAGCUCAAAGCGGCAGUGAAAUCCAAACACGACUGAAUGAGACUGUGAAUGCUGAGUCGAU